AUCCUGUCUGGGGUGAAAGAAGCAGAAGAAGAAGAAGAAGAAGAAGGGGGGAAAAAAGAGAAAACUUCCGGAUGGCGAUACCAACCUUCGCGUCCAACCGGAGAAGUGAUGCCUCUCCGCGGGGCAGCGGCGGGCACUGUCGCUCCGGUCGGGGGCUUCCUCAGUUCGGCAGAGCACCUCCUGCGAACCCCGCCGCCGCUGUGGAGGAGCUUUAGGCAGCCGGGUAAAUGUCUCCAUACCGUCACCUUUCAUGAACAACAACAACAAUGGUGGGGUCUGAAUGCACUUGCCUUUAAACGGGGUGGAGCUGCGGGUUAAUAAAUUAUGAGGAGGAAUCCUGCUCCCACUAAGAUUUAAUGCUUAUUAUGUCCGACAAAAACACUGAACCCGAGCGCCCUGUUUUUGUAGCCGACACAACCUGAGGAGGUGAUGAGGAGGACCGUGAUGGCUGCUGGCUGGAGCGGGACGAGCCCAGGGAUUCAUCCGGAGCGCCCUGAUUGUUGCUUUCCACGGAGGCUGUUUAUGCAACUCAGCGCAGUGCUGUCCAAAGUGGGCUGAUUGGGACCCUCUCCGCGCCUUCGUGUUCAAGUGUCACAAGAGGACAGACCACCCAUCUUCAUCAUGUCGAAAGUUGUCAGCAGCAAGGAGAAGAAAUCCUUCAGCAAGAAGCUGUUCCGCCGGAGCUCGGUCCGCUCCGUGGGCAGCUUCAUGAACCGAGUCCUCCGGACCCUGUCCACCCUGUCUCACUUCGGCACCGACGAGCAGGCCGCCGACGACGACGCGGACGAGGCGACGCCAGCGACGAACACCGCCGGAGGCUCGGUCCAGUCCGACGACAGCGACUGCGGGGGGUUCCCGUUCGGGGACAAGGUGCCGGGGGUCGCCGGGCUGAAGAACCACGGCAACACCUGCUUCAUGAACGCCAUCUUACAGUGCCUGAGCAACACCGAGCUGUUCGCCGAGUACCUGGCCCUGGAGCAGUUCAAAGGAGGGGAGACGAGCGGCAGCAACGACAAGGCGAAGUCCAACGGGGUCCUGGUGCAGAAGAAGGCGGGCAGCCAGCAGCAGGAGGCGGGAGAGGUGACCGAGCAGCUGUCCGGCCUGGUCCGGGCUCUGUGGACCUUUGAGUACACCCCUCAGCACAGCAGGGACUUUAAGAAUGUGGUGUCAAAGAGCGCCCUUCAGUUCAGAGGAAACUCCCAGCACGAUGCCCAGGAGUUCCUGCUCUGGCUGCUCGACCGAGUGCACGAAGACCUCAACCAAAUCGUCCACCCCGAYAUCAGACCACCCAUUAAGCCUCCAGUCGAGGAGGAACCGGUUCCUGAAGGAUCUCCGCUACCAGCACCUGGCUCUUUUGUUCAGGAGCUGUUUCAGGCACAAUACAGGUCCUCCCUGACCUGUCCUCACUGCCAGAAACAGAGCAACACAUUUGAUCCUUUCCUCUGCAUCUCACUGCCAAUCCCAGUACCUCACACCCGACCUCUGUAUGUGACGGUGGUGUACCAGGGAAAGUGCUCACACUGUAUGAGAGUCGGGGUGGCGGUGCCUCUCUCGGGCACCGUGUCCAGGUUGAGACGAGCUGUGGCGCAAGAGACCAAAAUCCCCGCAGAACAGAUCGUCCUCACCGAAAUGUACUUCGACGGCUUUCACCGCUCCUUCUGCGAUGACGACGAAGACCUCGAGAUCAUUCAGGAGAGCGACUCCAUCUUCGCCUUCGAGACGCCCGAGCUGUUCAGGCCCGAGCAGAUCCGGUCAAAGCGAGGCGGAAGUCCACAUGCAAAUCUCAAUCAGAACAACCUGAAGUACGGCACAGACAAUAACAGGAUAGCCGCACAGAUCCAGGAGCCGACAACACCGCCUCAGAGUCCCAAUAAGAACAGCGGGCAGGCUGAGAAGAUUGUGCUGCUGGUGUGCAAUAGAGCCUGCGCUGGACAGCAGGGACGCAGGUUUGGGAAUCCAUUUAUUCUCUAUUUGGAGCGUACAGUGACGUGGGAUAUUCUGCAGACAGAGAUCUUGGAGAAGAUGAAGCAUUUAUUGCGUCCUGGUGUCUUUGUGCAGGUGGGGCCCUUCACUUUGCGUGUUGUAGGAGUGGUUGGCAUCACGUAUCUGUUGCCUCAGGAGGAGCAACCUCUCUGCCAUCCCUCUGUGGAGAGAGCAUUCAAGUCCUGCGGCCCAGGAGGCCCACCUCAUGUCAAAAUYGUAGUAGAAUGGGACAAAGAGACAAAAGACUAUCUGUUCAAAAGAACUGAGGACGAGUACAUCCCGGACGCCGAGAGUGUCCGACAAGUGAAGGAGCAGCAUCUGCAGCCCCAGACCUGCACGCUGGCCCAGUGUUUGCAGCUAUACACCAAAGAAGAGCAGCUCGCCCCUGAUGACGCGUGGCGAUGUCCACACUGUAAGCAGCUUCAGCAGGGCAGCAUCAAGCUUAGUCUGUGGACGCUGCCAGACAUCCUCAUCCUCCACCUGAAACGCUUCAGACAGGAUGGGGAUCGACGAGUGAAGAUGCAGAACAUGGUGAAGUUCCCGCUCACAGGCAUGGACAUGGCCCCUCACAUAGUGAAGAGGAGCCAGAGCAGCUGGAGUCUCCCCUCCCACUGGUCGCCUUGGAGGCGACCUUACGGAAUGGGGCGUGACCCAGAGGACUACCUGUACGACCUGUAUGCGGUGUGUAACCACCACGGCACCAUGCAGGGGGGGCAUUACACAGCUCACUGUAAGAACUCCAUUGACGGACAGUGGUAUUGCUUUGAUGACAGCGAUGUGCAUCCCAUGUCUGAAGAUGAUGUCUGCAAGCAAACUGCCUACAUCUUGUUUUACCAACGACGUGCAACGAUCCCAUCUUGGUCUGCCAACAGUUCUGUAGGAGGUUCCACCAGUUCCUCUUUGAAUGAACACUGGAUWAGUCGGCUGAUGGGAAGCCGUCCRCCCAGCCAAGCCUCAUCCGGCUCCUCAAGACGCACCUCCUUGGCUUCUCUCUCCGAGUCYGCCGAGUUUGCUGGCGAAAGGAGCGAGGACGAUGGUCUUUCAGUCCGACCAGCAGUCCGAGGCAUGCAAAGGCAAACAUUCUCAUCGAGAUCUUCUAUCGCCAGCCCGCUUGCUCUGAGUGAAAAUGGCUCCAAACCAUCCUGGCCCCACUCGGCUAAGCUCCAACUCCGCUCCAACUCUCCUUCAAGGUUCUCGCUGGAGUCCCACUCCUCUCCAACGCUGGAGAGGAUAGGAGAGGUGGUUGAUAACCAGCUAACAGAUUCAUGUUUCACUGGCUCACCUAAACCAAAAAAGAUGUCAGGAGGAAAGUCUGUUCUCGCAGCUUUGGACGGUAAUGUUGGCAGUAGGAGGCUGAUAGAGCAGGGGUACUUUAAGAGUGUUGCACAGGCAGAGCAGCGGAGCUCGAUCCAGACAGGAGGAAACAACAACGCUACUGAGGAGGUCAGCCCGAGACAUGGAGUAGCAUCAAAGGAUCCAAAGCAAAGAAAUGGGUCAGCAGAUAGCAUUAGUGUCAAGAAGACAUCAGCCAAGACUGGGGUAGAGGGUGAGAGGAGUCCCAAGAAACGUCCUGCCACCUCCUCAACGUCAUCCAGUUCUCUGUCCCCUGCCUCUCCAGCCAUUGACAAGUCACCAUCUCGAACACAGUCCAAGGGUGCAGCAUCAGCAUCAAACCCCAGGGACAGGAUCAGUGUACCACCUAAAACAAGCAAGGGUAGUUCCUCGAGAACAGCAACCCCAUCCAAGAAAGCGUCCUCCCAAACCCCAGAGUUGCUACAUCCCGAUCCACAGCAGAAGACGAGUGGUUCUCCAGGGUCGCAGAGCUCACACCCUCAGAGAAGGCCAUCGCCCAGAGGGGGCACCGAGAAAAUCUCAGCUGCAGAAAGGACUAGAGCAGCAGACCGGAGUGCCAGCCGGGAGUACUCACGAGCAAAAACGGCGUCGGAGAGGAAAACUAGUCACGGAGGUCCUCCCUCCAAGUCGGCUGGUUCUAGCAGAGCCGAGAUGAGGCCAGGCAGGGCUMCUGAAGACAGGCCAGCAGGCCGGAGCUCAAGCAGUAGUUCUUCCAUGACUAGUCUUCGGUCCUCAAGUGUAGGCAUCGCCUCAGGUAACGCAGCUCAACCCCCAAGGGGACCUCGAGGGAACAGUAAGACAGAAGACAAAGGUUUGUCCUUCUUUAAAACGGCUCUGAGGCCCAAGGAGAACCGUAAACCAGGUGAAAGCAGUAAAGCAGGGCUGGCAGAACCCAAAGGAAGCCCAGAGGAUGGGGAYGCAACGAGAGAAUUGCUCUCUGGUGGGGCCAGCAGAAAAACCCAGAAUGCAGCUUUAGAACUACAGAACGUGACCACAGCCAAAGAUAAGGAAUCCUCUAAAGUAUCAGCCGCAGCUAAAAAGUCACUGCUGCCCUCCACRAAAUCGAAGCUCUCUGAAGCACAAACAAUCACUCAGUCUUCUGCCACGGCAAAGGACCCUUCAAAGAAAGAGCCUGCUAAAAAGACAUUACAGUCCAGGAAGAUUCCCAUCAAUUCCACACAAACUAGCCAGAGAUCCAAGUGAUGGUUAGGGUCUGAAACCCAACUUUUCUAGUGCAGCUCUGAGGUGUUUUUCUCCCCGUUGCCAUCAAAGUGUUUGACGAACACUUUUAAAACACCYGUAGCUUUUCAGCGGCCACUGAGUUCCAGCUGCCAUAUUAAACAGCUACUUCGGAAUGGGUUUUCAACGAAGCACUUUGUAUGGAUUGCAUUUAUUUUCCAGAAUAUUCUACUGUAUUGUAAAUAAGCAUGGACAUGUAUUGAAAUCAUUGCCUUGUUCUGUCUGUAGCAUCACUGAGAGAGAGAAACGUCUUAGUGGAGCUGAAAAUGAAAACUGAYUUUGCACAGAAUGGAAAGCAGAUACAAGAGAGGAGCGGCUUCAGAUACAUCAAACGUACGGACAGCUCAGCCACCAAUGGAAGUUUUUGGCAAUUUUUAACACGCUGAUGCAGUGAAUAAUUUUCCAAUAUCACUUUGUACUGCUCUCCUUCAGUAUCGAGAGCCAUAUGUCAACAACAAACAUCAGUGCCUCAGAUUCUAUUAGAAAUAUUUAAUCUAAAUUGUAUAACUGCGGGUGUUGGUAAAUUUGUAAUUGAAAAAUUAAUAUUUACUAAGCACUGAAAAUGUAAUUUUAAUUAAAAAACACAGUUAAGCCUAUUUAACCUGAACUACUGUUUACAUAUUGCUCUUUGGUGUAACUCUGCAACAGCCUUUAAGAUGUAAUGUUUCUAAUUGUUUUGUUCAGCUAAAAUCUGUCACGGAGAGAGGCAGAGAAGAGGAAUGCAGCUUGAGUCGCUGGUGUUAAACUACUGRAAACCUCAGUUUUUUGGGAUUCAGUGCCCAGUCUACACUACUCCGAAUAUUUGUCAGAAAACAUUUUUUUUGCCCAGUUUAUGUAAAAAGAUGCUCCCGACUACACGACUCUAAUAAAAUUAUUGCAAUAUCCAUGUUGUCCCCUAGGUGGCAACAGAUCAAAUUACAAAGGAAGAACAUUCUAAGUGGUCGUCCACAAGGAACAUAUUUUGUGAAUAUGUUUUAUAAAAAAUUUACUAGCCCCAAAGUAAUAUUUUUCCAAAAUGGGUUUCAGAGUGAAAAAUUAUUUUAACGCCACCAUGGCAUUUUCAUGCRCACAGACAAAAGGCAAUCUUGUGAAAACAAUGAUGUCUUAGCCCCACAACUAAUCAAACCUAUGGCCUGAGGACAUCCCUGUUUACAUUCAGCUUCCAGCAAACAAUCCAUAYGCCUUGUUUCCUGUUGCUGAUGUAUAUUUGUGGUAAUAUUAAUGAGCCAAUGUUUCUAUUGUCUCCAUGUGGCUGAAGACAUUUCUACAAACUUGUGUGUUUAUGACAAUGUUUUUAGAAACAACAAAAAAAAAUGUUUUGGAAAAAUUGUUUCCAUGUGAACAAAAAUUCUGAAAUAACUAACCGUAUACCCUAUAUUUUUAUAUUUACAAUGUUACCUUGAUUAUUAACCAUUUCAAAACAAAGUAUUGUUUGUUUGAAGGCUAUGAAUUGUUCAGGGCAUGUGCAACGCAUCCUGUUAAUUYAUUGUUUCUCAAAAGUUCUGUUUUUUUUUAAUCAUUCUGGUUUCACCAAAAUCAGAGUUUUCAGAAAAAAACUUGUUUUCCUUUGUUUGCAUGUGGAUGGAGCAAAAUACCUCUCUUUUAUUUCAUACUUGUUUAGGAUAUUCGGUUUAGUGUAGACUUGGCCUUAAUGAUUGUGUUUGAUUACUGAUUAAACCUGUAACCACUUCCA